GGCGGCAGUUGCUUGGGCGGGGCCGGUAGCGGCGGGAGCUGCCCUGGCCAGGGGUUCCGGCUGCAUUUCCAUGAACGCCGCCGGCAGCCGCGGAGCUGCAGGAACCGGACGGAGAGCGAGCUGGGAAGCUGUAGUCAACCACGCAGAGCUUUUAGGUUACUUUGAGUAAGAGAUUGGACCUGACCAGCCCAGCUGUGCCGCUCUCCAAGGACAGUUAAUAUUCUCAGUGGAGAGGAACAAGGGACAUAGAUCAAGAUGAAUGCCAUGCUGGAGACCUCUGAGCUCCCGGCCGUUUUUGAUGGGGUGAAGCUGGCCGCAGUAGCUGCCGUGCUGUACGUGAUCGUCCGGUGUUUGAAUCUGAAGAGCCCCACAGCCCCGCCUGACCUCUACUUCCAGGAUUCGGGGCUCUCACGCUUUCUACUCAAGUCCUGUCCUCUUCUGACCAAAGAAUACAUUCCGCCGUUGAUCUGGGGGAAAAGUGGACACAUUCAAACAGCCUUGUAUGGGAAGAUGGGAAGGGUGAGGUCGCCACACCCAUAUGGGCACCGGAAGUUCAUCACCAUGUCUGAUGGAGCCACUUCAACCUUCGAUCUCUUUGAGCCCUUGGCUGAGCAUUGCAUUGGAGGUGACAUCACCAUGGCCAUCUGCCCCGGGAUCGCCAACCACAGUGAGAAGCAGUACAUCCGAACCUUCGUCGACUAUGCCCAGAAAAACGGCUACCGUUGCGCCGUGCUCAACCACCUGGGCGCCCUGCCCAACAUUGAACUGACUUCGCCUCGCAUGUUCACCUACGGUUGUACCUGGGAAUUCGGAGCCAUGGUGAACUACAUCAAGAAGACUUACCCCCUGACCCAGCUGGUCGUCGUGGGCUUUAGCCUGGGUGGUAACAUCGUGUGUAAAUACUUGGGGGAGACUCAAGCAAACCAAGAAAAGGUCCUGUGCUGUGUCAGCGUGUGCCAGGGGUACAGCGCGCUGAGGGUGCAGGAAACCUUCAUGCAGUGGGACCAGUGCCGGCGCUUCUACAACUUCCUCAUGGCCGACAACAUGAAGAAGAUCAUCCUCUCGCACAGACAAGCUCUUUUUGGAGACCACGUAAGGAAACCCCAGAGCCUGGAGGACUCGGACUUGAGCCGCCUCUACACAGCCACGUCCCUGAUGCAGAUCGAUGACAACGUGAUGAGGAAGUUUCAUGGCUAUAACUCCCUGAAGGAGUAUUACGAGGAAGAAAGCUGCAUGAGGUACCUGCACAGGAUUUAUGUGCCUCUCAUGCUGGUUAAUGCAGCUGACGACCCCUUGGUGCAUGAAAGUCUUCUAACCAUUCCAAAAUCUCUUUCAGAGAAACGGGAGAACGUCAUGUUUGUGCUGCCUCUGCACGGGGGCCACCUGGGCUUCUUUGAGGGCUCCGUGCUGUUCCCCGAGCCCCUGACGUGGAUGGAUAAGCUGGUGGUGGAGUACGCCAAUGCCAUUUGCCAGUGGGAACGCAACAAGUCACAGUGCUCCGACACGGAGCUGGUGGAGGCCGACCUGGAGUGAGGCCUCCUGGGCUCUGGCACAGUCCAGCUGCCCUCCUCUGGAACUCACGUGCCUCGCUGGCUGCUUCAGGUGUCCCCUCUCCCUCAGUGACCUGGAUCUGACCUCACACUAUCAGCGGGGGGCCACCGACAGGCACACCUCUCUUGGAGUGGGCGGCUGUCCCUGGGAGCUCCAGGCUAUUUUUGUGCUUAGUUACUGGUUUUCUCCAUUACGUUGUUGGCCGUGGUGACAAGCGGUGGGCUUCUCACCCUCCUGUCACUUUCAGCAGCAUCAUGAUUGCUUUGAAGCCAACGACAUCUAGUUUCCCUAUUAACAUGUGUCUGAACAGCAGUUUUGCUUUGCCAAUCAAAAGGCUUUUCCCCCAAAACAGUGAAGGAUGUCCGUUAUUUCAUGGUGGUCUCAUGUUUCCUUACAUAGACUCGGAAAAAAGAUCAGCAACCUAGGCCCACUGCUGCAGAUGCAGCUCAGCUCAGGAGCCUAGGGACCUGGGAGCCAGGCCGCAGUGUGGCCUCUUACGUGGCAAAGAAAAUUCCCCUGGGUCACAACCAAGUUUCUCCCUCACUGUCUCCUAAGACAGUUUCCCUGCUCUUGGCUGGUGACAAGAGUUAACCUGGGCGCUUACGGAAAAUCCAGCCUCCCCGGUCCCUCCCCUUGGAGAAGCUCAUUCAGUGGGUCUGGGGAGGGGCCUGGGUUUUUGAGUUUUGACAGGUGACCCCUAUGAUUCUCAGACCCUGGCAAGUUUGGGGAACACUGUUCUGAAAGGCUUCUAAAUUAGAGACAUCUUGGUAACUCAUUUUAUCGAAAUUCAUAGUCCCAGAUGUCACAGAGCUCCCAGGGGCCUCCAAAACAGCAAGGCCUGUCGUGUGCAGCUGCCGCUGUGUGACAGCAGCGUGAUGUCCUGGAAAGGGCCUGGGCUGGGAGUGAAGAGUUUGGGCUGUGCCCCACUCUGCUUCUCGCAAGCUACAUGACCCUGGAAAAGUCCCUUUGAGCUUGAGUUUCUUCACCUGUAAAAAGGGGAACUUGGACCAGGUAGAUUGCCCAGGGAACUGCCAGUUCUGAAGUUCAAUGACAAACUCAGUUUACUGAGGUUUGAGAGAACGUCCCUCCAGGGGAGCUUGGGAGCUGUUCUCCCCGUUUAAGCCCCUGGAUGUCUUCAUUUGCCUUCCCUUCCUCCCACCCCCCAAUUUCACAUAAAGAGAUUUUUAGUUUUUUCUUUUUCUAUUAAGCACUCAAUUGUAAUUUUAUUUUUUUAACCCAGAUCUCUAACUCUGGCUUUGAUACCAAACAAUUCAAAAGUUGGAUCUGAGUUUGAAUGAAGAUCUUUCCAACUGAAGAGGGUGUCAUUGUGAAACCAGAUUUUUAGUUUAAUAGCCCUAUAUUUGCAGUGUGUUGGAGAGGUCUUUCUGAAGUGUGUCUUCUCAAGUGAAAAUGUCCCUCUAGAUUUCAAGUACUCUUCUCCGAUCCUGUGGUACUUGAAUAUCUAAAAACUCUGCACUUUGAAAAAUCGGCAGUUGCUAUCCAGAACUAUGAGUAAAAUUGCUGGAUAUGUUUUAAAAUUAUUCCCUGCUUCAUCUCCCUUGCUCUGGGAUAGACAGGAAUAGGAAAAGUGGGUCUGCGUGGAUGUUUCGGGGAAUAGAGGGAGUCGCCUGGGGGCCAAACGUCAUGGCCACAAGUGGGUGUAGAUUGGGCAUCGGUCCAAGUGAAUGUGACAGUAAUGUCUAUAUAACCUGAAGAACUUGUUUUCUGACAAUCAGCAGAUUAUCCUAACUCAUAACAUCAAAAGCAGCCAUUAUCUCAAAAGACAGAGAGUCCCGUGGCCCCAGCUCCGCUCUGGUUUACGCAUACGCUGAAUUUGCCCUGGUGACUUUCCCCUGACUCGUCACUUUCCCAGAGCAUUUCUUCACCGUGUUCUUGGAGCACACGAUGGCACUUUAGCAUCUGCCCCUCGGCGGGGAGCUUCGUCCCUCUCCUUUGUUACUUUCCCCUCCGCCCGCAACCACAGCUGUGAUCUAGAAGUCGUACUUCCUUCUACGCCCUGCAUGUCACAAAACUUUUUUGCGAAAGUAGGUAAACGAAGCAAUAAUUUAACGGGGUUUGUGGGACCAUCCCAGGAAGCAAGAGGCUCCUUUUCAUUUGCCUUGGGCCACAUCCCUUGACCUGUUCUGACAAAGUAGAGGCCAGGUGCCAGCUCCAUCCAGGAGGAGAAGAGACAGUUCCGUUGUCUCACACACACACACACAUACACACACACACACACACAGGGCGGGGACCCAGGAGCCUGGGAGACUCAUCCCAGAGCAGUCCUGGUGGCCCCAUGGGGAGGGGCAGGGUUUUGGGGCACCGCCUUUGUUGUCACACAACGGGGAUUUACCCCACAGGACUCUGGGGGCCGGGUCCCAGCUGAAAUCUUUUUAGCGUGACUCUGAAUGGCACUUACAUUCCAUUUUGGCUCCCAUGAAAUCCACUGAAGCCCUUUGUUCUAGCGUCAGGCUCUCAGGCACGGAAAUGAGAAUGUGACUGUGGCUGUCUCACAGGGAAAUUCUUGUUUGUCCCUGAAUGAGAGCACAGAGGCAUUGAAUUUACAGAAAUGCAAACUCGCCCAAUAAACAAGGGAGCCGCAUUUUCUAUGUAGGUCAGCUUUUUCCUGCCUCUAGCUUUUCUUGCUUUUCUUCCUAAAGUCAUUCAUUUCUGAUGAUAAUAUGAGUGUUCUUCUUGCUAUUAAGGUCCUAUUUGGGCUAAAACUAGGCUGAAUGUUCAGAGAGCAUUUGAAUGCUAUAUUUCAAAAUCAGAUUAAGGAUUUAAGUUACAUAGACCUAGACAAUUCUAUUGCAGGAAUAACACAUUAAAAACCAAGAAGGGAGGAAAGCACCUCCAUGUCUCCUGGUUGUACUCCCUACUUCCUAAAUAAUUUGACGCCACCGGUAAAUAACCUAUUCCAGUCAAAUUAGGGUUCUCUUAAAAAUGGUGUUGAAUCUCCUUGAUGUGUUUACGUUAGAAGGGACUUUAAAAGACUUGAAGAAAACCUCUUAUCUUCCUGCUGUGAGUUUGCACCAGUGAUUUCCAGAGCAGAAUGGAAGCAGAAAGUCAUUCGUUGUCACUGUAUUCUCGAAACCUCUCUGCAGCAUUUAAGACUUCUAGGGGACCCUGUGAGAGACUGUAAGAGUGGACAUAGACCUGGGAGGGGAGUGUUUCUUUUUUGACGUGUAGGUGUGGAGCCGGGGUCCAGGGGACCUGGGUUCUUGUCCCAGCCAUCUCUAAUUCACAUUGGAUGGUGGGCAGUCACUUCGCCUCUCGGAACCACUUCAUCUGUCUCCACAUCGUUCGCUCGAACGUCGCCGCUUGCCUUGUACAGCCCUCGCAAGUGGAAACUGAGUUGCUCAGGCCCCAGGCUCACCUGCAGGGAACCUGGAGAGGAGCGACUGCAUUAAGCCUUUGCUUGUCAAGACCUUUGACGUUGCCAAAGCCUUGUGUCUUUGGCUCCUCUUCAGAGUCUCCACCGUCAUCUCAAUGUCCUUGCUGUUCCAAGGGCGGUCGUGUGACUGACACAGGUGCACCAUUGACACGAGGCGCAUACCCCCAUCUUUCCGUGCGACUCGGGCAGAGCGCUGAGAGCUCCCAGGGCAGACAUCCUUCCAGCUCAGGCUUUCAUUCUGAAACCAUCGUCUUAAUUAAAGCCGAACUCUCUGGGUAGCUGAGCAUAUUCUCCUGGCUUCUGAAUGAGAGCUCUCUUUGUCACCGGGGGACUUGAGAUCAUUUCGCCAGCUCCAGGGAAACAAAGCAUGCGUUCUUGUUUGUGUUCGCCGGGCGAGCGGAUGUCUGAGAUGCGAGAGGCUUUUCUCUUCCUGUGACAUCGAUUCUGGCUUAGAGCUGAAGGAGAGAUCACUGAAACAUCAUGUUGGGUUCAAAAGAACUCGGAUCUUUGUCUUUUAGGCAGGACAGUAGAGUUAUUAAGAAGCCUUUCUCUGCAGCAUCCACCCACAGUAUCAUCUGGAAUCACUUUCUUUGCCCAGAAAGCCUUAACUUGCCUCUGGGAUGGUGUUACCACAAUAUCAUGGCAUUAGAAUUCAAAAUCUUCUGAGGAAGUUUGAAGCAAAGCCACAGUGAAACCAGAGAAUUUCUCCAUGUGGCCUGCAUGCUUUUUGUUACGUUAGGCACCCCUACCCCUCCACAACAUGAGGGACCCAGAACCCGCCAAACAUCUCAUCUCUGACGCCUUUCUUCCUUGUUGGCCUCACUCUGUUGUUCAAAGCUACUUUGAAUCACUUGGAUGUUUCCAAAAGCCUUGAAAAGUGGUCUGUCUGUGGCAUUUAGAAGCCGAGCCAUCGAGGGAAAGAUUUUCUUCCACCUCUGUUAUCUAAGCAGAGGGAAGUACCCCCUCUUCAUAGAGUAGGACUGCUUUUGCCAAAUUGUAUUCGAAGCUAAUGGGGGGAGGGGAGGAGUGGCCCCUGCUUCCGGAUGCUGUAGUCUGGGCAUCUCUGCGAAGCGGCCCUUGGAAGCAGACCGCGGAGGCCAGCUCGCCAGCCAUUCCCAGACUCCCGACAGUGGACAGCUGCCCUCUUGGAAGGAUCAGCCCCCCACGCCCAAGUUUUCUGAGCUGUUUUUCCUAGCAUGUAGGUGGGCAAAGCUUCCAUGUAUCUAUCUGUAAUGAAUAAGCUGAAGUUAAUUUCUAACUGGUGGAUUAAGUCUUUUCAACUCGAUUCCUGUCAAUCGGUAAUGAAACCUACAACCUGCCUUCUCCCCGACCUGGUCCCCAUUAGCCAAGAAAUCUAUUAUUGCCAUAAGUUGGGGACAGGCAGCGAUACCAUUCGUCUCAAUGUGCAUUCUCCUUCCAGACCACCCAUGUUGAGCAGCCAACAAUCCCCUACAAGAAUUGCCCUCUCGGCCCUAGGGCCGGCCACUUCCCCGCUAGGCUGUUUGUGUGGUGGGUGGACCGAGUUCCUGGAUGUAGGAGUUGGGUUUUGUUUGCUUUUUCGUUUGGCAUCAUGACUUUCCCUAAAGCACAAGCCCUUUAGAACCCUGUCACCUCUCCAUGCCAGUUCCGGAUGAUCUGGGUCCCUCCCACUGCCUCAGGAAGACCUUCACUGUACCUGAGCUUCUGAUUUCUGCCACUGCGGCUGCCUUAGUGACACCAGGGGUGAGGGGAGAGGGGUGGGGAGCCCGUUUGCAUCUCCCCUUUUCCUGGUUAGACUCCGGUCAACCACCACGUUCUUCUGUUGGCAGAUCUGCUUCCAGAUUGGUUUUUGAGAACCAUCACUUUCACAUUUUUAAUUUUUGUUGUUUUAUUUUUUUUUUCGUUUGGAUUUUCUGAAACUUAAAAUGCUGCCCUGAAAAUAAUGUAUUUUUGCGUUUGUGUUCUGAGAGCCUCCAUGCUGCUGGAUUUGGGGGGAGAAACACAGGAUCCUCCAGCACUGAGGUGUUGAAGAUUUGCAACUAGCAAUGCAAUUUUUUCUAAUAAAUAUGAGGAUAUUUACCUUUAUUAAGAAAUUAUACUAAACAAUGGUGUCCUAGAUCAUUUUAUGUUCUCAUGUUACUUUUGAUCCUAUUUUGAUUCUGUGUGGUGGGAAGCAAAGAUCAUUACAGACAAAAACUGUCAUUUUGUUAUCUUUGAUUCAAUGGAAUUUCUUUACUUAAAAAAAAUAAAAGACUAAAAAUGGG